GGCUCGCUAGGUCUAGCAUCGUCUCUGCUUCGCAUCCCGCGGACGCGGUUCGGAGUUAACCUCGCGCCUUGCGCCCCCUCCCGCCCCCUCCGGAUUUCCAGUGGGUCGUGGGGCCCCGAGCGGCCAGCGGUCGUCCAGAAAAAGCAUCCUGAGGAGGAAGACGGCUUGUUACACACCUUAAAGUCAAGGUUCAGAUGAGUUACCCGUUUUAUUCUGUCAAUGACUUGUGCUUAUAGGACUUCAGAAUAUCUGCUUUCCUUGGCCUGAAAUGUUCUCCCUGAUAGGGACUUAACCUCAGUCAUUCUUGCCCAAGAGGUGUGAUGGGGUCAGGCAGGUGUAUGCACACAACACAGAACAGAAGACUGCAGUGGAGAGGUUCCCUGUGGUGCUUCAUUUUAGACGGUGCUUUGGUCAGGACGAUCUGACUUGUAAGGUGGAAUCAAGCACUACACUUGGUCGGUCUUUAACCCCAGGCCUGACUUCCAGAGCAAAACAAGAACAGAGAAGUUUUGAGGGUUUGGGCCAGCGAAUGACAAAGUUACCAGCUUUGUGAUGCUCUUAAAAUGGGGCUUGAACAAAGGUCUUUUCAUCAAAGGCAGGGACUUUUUUUCCAGGAAGCAAUAAGUAGAGAUUUGUUGUAUUAUCCCCAUCUUGUUGGGGGUCUGGACAGCCUCCGUUUGUUUUCCUGGGUUUCACUUGCCUCUCUGUCUGAACUGUAAGAAGCAACAUAGUUUGACGUUGUGUGUGAGUUCUGGGUCUAGAGCAGGGUUUCGCAGAUGUUUUCCGUGAAAGGUCACGUAUUAAAUAGUUCAUGUUUUGUGGGCUACAGGUUGCAUAUUCUGCAUGUUAAUUUUUAAAAUGGUUUGAGAUUUGCAGAAAAAUUGCAAAGAUAGUAUGAGAAUGCCCAGGUCUCCCGACCAUUAACAACGUACGUUAGGGUGGGAUAUUAAUUCACAGUUGAUGAGCCAGGCUUGAUAUGUUAUCAUUAACUGAAAUCUGUGCUUUAUUCAGAUUUCCUUAGUUUUUACGUAAUGUUCUUCAUCUGUUCCAGGAUGCCAUCCAGGAGAUCUCAUUACAUUUCACUGUCAUGUGCCCUUAAGCUCCUCUUGGCUGAGACAGUUUCUCAGACUUCCCUUGUUUCUGAUGACCUUGACAGUUUUGAGAGGUACAGGCCUGCCGCAAAAGCUUCAGUUCCCUAAGGAGCCCGUAAAGAAGAAACUCGAAAUUACCCAUAACUGUACCAUCCAGAGCUAAUUGCUGUUGAUUUUUUGAAACCCCAAGAGGACUGAUCAGUUCUUGAUUCUAAAACUAUGGCCCACGGUCUGGUGACGUUCUCAGAUGUAGCCAUCGACUUCUCGCAGGAGGAGUGGGCGUGCCUGGACUCCUCGCAGAGGGACCUGUACUGGGACGUGAUGCUGGAGAACUACAGCAACCUGGUGUCCCUGGAUUUGGAGUCACCAUAUGGGACCAAGAGUUUACCUACAGAAAAGGGCAUUUACGAAAUAAAUUUAUCCAGAUGGAACUCAAAUGGAAAAAGUAAAUCCCUGGGCCUUAACUGGAUGUGUGAAGGUGAGUUUGAAAGAUCACAGGGCCCUCAGCAGGGCUGUUUGAAUCAAGUGGUAACCAACCAUGAGAAAACGCCCACUUGUAGAGAAAAUACCUCUGGUAGAGCACACCAGAGACCUCAUGCUAGGGAGAAUUCCUAUGAAUGUAAGGAAUGUGGGAAGGCCUUCAGUCGUGGCUACCAGCUCACUCAGCAUCAGAAGAUUCACACGGGGGAGAAACCCUACGAAUGUAAAGAAUGCAAAAAGGCCUUUCGUUGGGGCAAUCAACUCACGCAACACCAGAAAAUCCACACGGGGGAGAAACCCUAUGAAUGUAAGGACUGCGGGAAGGCCUUCCGCUGGGGCUCGAGCCUGGUCAUUCAUAAGAGGAUCCACACGGGCGAGAAGCCCUACGAGUGUAAGGACUGCGGGAAGGCCUUUAGACGUGGUGACGAGCUCACCCAGCAUCAGAGGUUUCACACGGGGGAGAAGGACUACGAGUGCAAAGACUGCGGGAAGACCUUCAGCCGUGUGUAUAAACUGAUCCAGCACAAGCGAAUUCACAGCGGCGAGAAGCCCUACGAGUGUAAGGACUGCGGGAAGGCCUUCAUCUGCGGCUCGAGCCUCGUCCAGCACAAGAGGAUCCACACUGGCGAGAAGCCCUACGAGUGCCAGGAGUGCGGGAAGGCCUUCACGCGAGUCAACUACCUCACUCAGCAUCAGAAGAUCCACACUGGUGAGAAACCACACGAGUGCAAGGAGUGCGGGAAGGCCUUCCGCUGGGGCUCGAGCCUCGUGAAGCACGAGAGGAUUCACACGGGUGAGAAGCCUUACAAGUGCACAGAAUGUGGGAAGGCCUUCAACUGUGGCUACCACCUCACGCAGCACGAGCGGAUCCACACGGGCGAGACGCCUUACAAAUGUAGGGAGUGCGGGAAGGCCUUCAUCUACGGGUCGAGCCUUGUGAAACAUGAGAGGAUUCACACAGGGGAGAAGCCCUACGAAUGUAAAGAGUGCGGGAAGGCCUUCAGUCACGGCCAUCAGCUUACGCAGCAUCAGAAGAUUCACACGGGUGAGAAGCCCUUUGAAGGUAAGGAGUGUGGGAAGGGGUGUCACCAUGUGAACCAUCUUCGAGAACAUGAGAGAAUUCACACUGCUGGAAAACCUCUUGAACACAAAGAACAUGCAGAAACUUCCAUCCCACAUUCCUUCCUUCCACAACACAAGGAAAGCCCAUGAUACGAUUUAACACGAGAAAGCCUUCACCAGACACCCUUCUGCUCACAGGACCUCAGAGGAGUCACGCUUGAGGCAGAUUUGGAGAAUGGAGAAAUCACUUUUUCUUAGUGAUCACCGUAUACCCCGUGUAGACUUUUUUUUUUUUUUUUUUUUAACUGAAUUGGUUAGUGCAGUGAGUGGAUAGAAGCCUCCUAGUACCACUCGAUGUCUGUCUCAUUUCAGACUUGUUCUGGGGAAUAACUCCGCCAGUGUAACCUAUGCGGGAGAGCCUCCCGCCAUGGUACACUCCCUCCCCGUUAUCGUCACCAUCCCACCGCUUUACUCCCUGUGAUUCACUGGGGAAGUGACCUGGUACCCCCUGUGCGUUAUGUGUGGAAUGGGGAUAAUUACACCUAAUACUGCUGUUGUGGUGACUGCGUCUGGUACUUGUAAACUCUUUGAAAGUGUAUCUGGAAUAUCACAUAAGCUCAAUAAAUAUUAGCUGUUGUUGUUCUUACCAUCAUUA